AUCCCCGAAGGCAUGAGUCCGGUUCAGUUCCUCCAGCUGCUGCUGCCCCUCCUCCUGGUCGUCGUGACCUUGGGCGUGGGCCCCACCCAGGCCAGUCGGCUGCCCGCGGAGGUGGGCUCCCAGCCACACAGCGUUUCCCUGCGCCGCAACGGCGUCCAUGUCUGCGGAGGAGCCCUGGUCAGCGACAACUGGGUCAUCACCGCGGCCCAUUGCGUCAGCAUCAGCGGUGGUCAGCAAAGCUACCCUGCCCAGUCCUACAAUGUGCGAGCGGGAAGCAUUCAGCGCCUGGCUGGUGGCCAACUGGUGCCCCUGUCCCAGAUCAUAAUCCACCAGAACUACUCCAGUUCGGAGGCGGCGGGGGCCAAUGAUUUGGCCCUGUUGCAGCUGCAGACCAAGGUGACCCUGAAUGCGAACACCAAACCGAUUGACUUGGCCACCGAGCGACCGGCGGCGGGCUCCCAGCUGAGCUUCUCGGGCUGGGGAUCCAGCCAGGCGGAGGGAUCCUUCAGCCACGGCCUCCAGGUGGCCAGCAGGCAGAGUCUGAGCGCAAGUGACUGCCAGAAGCAGCUGUUCCUGGAGCAGGAGGAUCUGCUCUGCCUGUCGCCCGUUGCCGAGGAUUACGCAGGACUUUGUUCCGGCGAUGCUGGAGCUCCGGCUAUCUACAAUGGCCAGCUGGUGGCCAUUGCCGCCUUCUUUGUCGGCGGCUGUGGCUCCGGACAGCCCGAUGGCUACGUGGAUGUGACCCAGCAUCGGGAGUGGAUCAAUGAAUAUGUUAAUUAAAUAAAUCAGAACUGUUGGUGGGGAA